AUGCCCGAGGGAUUACCGAUCGAUCAUGAACACCCAUUGAACGGGACCAUGGUCGCCUACGCGCAACAAGUGGUGGUCUGCACAGGACAAAGGGACUGGAUGAGUCGUAUCGAGGACGACGGAGAGAACACAGGCUGGGGCAAUCUCGUACGAGGCCUCAAACGCUUGUUAGGUCGCGGUGGUCCAUAUCUCGAUCCCUUCAAUAACAUUCUCAUUACGAAUACCUCCGUUGCCCCCGCUGUUAGCAACUCCUCUACAGCAUCCGCGUUCCUCUUCCCCAGCUUCAAAUACAUUCCUUCGAUACCGGUAGAAAUCCUACCCUUAGCAGAUACCACAGACCUCACCACCUUUGUGCGCGGAUUUCUUCUUCCGGAGCGCCUGCACGACAUGCACUCAUCGCUGCCAAAAUCCAAGAGCACAGAUAUGACCCGCGACCCAGAGCUCGCAUCAAAGUUCGAAGUCGUCGACAUCAAACACUCGCCUACAGUCCUCAUUUGCGGCCACGGAGGCCGCGACAUGCGCUGCGGAGUCAUGGCCCCGGUGCUUGAGGCCGAGUUCCAGCGGGUCCUACAGUCUCAGGGAUUUUCCUCGGCAGGCAGUGACGGCACUUUCGAUGGGCCUGACCAUGCCAAUAUCGGGUUGAUCAGUCACAUUGGUGGGCACAAGUAUGCUGGCAAUGUCAUUGUAUAUAUCCCGCCAGAGAUGACGGUGGGAGGCCACGCAGAGCCUCACCCGCUGGCGGGCAAAGGAAUCUGGUACGGUCGUGUCGAACCUAAGCAUGUGCAGGGGAUCGUGGAAGAAACGAUUCUGGGAGGGAGAGUAGUUACGGAUCAUUUCCGUGGUGGCAUUGAUCGGGAUGGGGGGAUUCUGCGGUUGUAG